AUGGGGGAGAGUAUGCGGAGAGAAGACGUUACGCCUGUGUUCACCUCGCUGGGCAUGUUCAUUAUAGAUGAAAUUCACUUCACUGAUGCUCCGUCUGUGUAUAACGUAAUUGGAGGUGCAGGAACUUUUGGCGCCAUUGGUGCGAGACUUUUCUUACCAUCGCCUACGGAAUCGCAGAAAGUGGGGUGGAUUGUAGAUAUGGGAUCCGACUUUCCAGGAUCUGUUCGAGAAGAGAUAGAAAGGUGGCAGACAGGUGUUGUUUUGCGUUCUGAUGCCAGCCGAUUGACGACACGUGGAUGGAAUCAGUACGCUGAUAACGAAGAAAGGCUAUUCAAAUACCUGGCUCCAAAACUCAGGAUUACAGCUGCUGAUAUUAUUGCGAACCCCCCAUUGAUAAAAUCCAAGUCAUUUCAUCUUAUUUGUUCUCCUAACCGGUGUGAGGAGCUCACACGUCAUAUUGUUGAUGCCAGUAACUAUGAUCCUCGAGCUAUUAUUAUUUGGGAGCCUGUUCCCGAUGAGUGCAAACCUGAGACAUAUGGCGAAUGCAUCAAAGUACUAAGAUCACCAGGCCUGGUUUCGAUAUUUUCUCCUAAUGCAAAAGAAGCCGCCCAAUUUUUUGGGUUGGCUGAGCCCAUGACGAAGAAAGACAUAGAGGAUGUUGUAGAUAGAUUUGUCAAUGCGUUAAAUGAUUCCAGAAUUGAACCAGGUACCAAUAGUAAUAUGUGCAAACUGAUUGUAUUGAGAUGUGGGUCCCUUGGUUGUCUUGUGUGCUACACCGAUAUCAGCAAUCGGCAACCAUAUAAAUGGUUCCCAGCAUAUCACAACCCAGCCAAUGAAGAUUAUAGAGUUAUAGAUCCUACUGGUGGGGGCAAUUCUUUCGUGGGUGGAUUUGCAACUGGGUAUGUCAUCUCUGGAGGAGACAUUGUUGAAGCUGCUGUCUAUGGAAAUGUGGCUGCUGGCCUUGUUAUAGAGCAAAUAGGCCUCCCAAUUCUAGGAAAAGAUCAAGAUGGCAACGAGAUUUGGAACGGAGAAACCAUUUCUACACGUAUAGCGCGGUACCGGCAACGUUCGGAACUGCCAAGCUAG